UUUGUGUGUUUGUAUCUAUGACUGUACAUUUGUGAUCAGCUGUUAUUUGAAGUUUGUAUAAAUGUUAAUUAUAUGGCAGUUAAUUGAAUGUAGCUAAUAAAUAUAUUGCAACCAAAUCGGCCUAAAGUUUUUAAGAAUAUAUUUACUGUUCCGUUAUACACCUCGUUAAUGGUGUACUGCUAAAUAAUUCAAUGUUACCGGGUCUCAUCUUUGCUCUAUGAUAGGGAAAUAGGCGUUUGUCCGACGACUUGUGUGUAGGAUGAUGAGAAACAGACGAAAUAGCGUGUGAAACAUGUUUUUGGUGUACUAGUAUGUCCUUUUCAAUGUCAAAAGGAAAAAUAAGAAGUGCUAAUGACGUCUGUGCAGACUGUGGUGCAUUAGACCCGGCGUGGGCGUCGGUGAACCGGGGGAUCCUGCUGUGCGACGAGUGCUGCGGCGUGCACCGCAGCCUGGGCCGCCACGUGUCCCAGGUGGCGUCGCUGCGCAAGGGCUGCUGGAGCCCCGCCCUGCUGCGCAUGGUGCACGCCCUCAACGACAACGGCGUCAACAACAUCUGGGAGCACGGCCUGCUCGAGUCGUCGCACGUCAGGCCCGGGCGCAGGAAGCCCCACGCCAAGGACCCGCUGCACCCGACAAAGGCAGAGUUUAUCCGUGCGAAGCACCAGAUGUUGUCAUUCCUGUUCCGGGGCUUCAAAGACGACACCGUGGUCACGGAAGAAGACUUGAGCAGGCAGCUUCACUCGAGUGUGCGGACAUCCAACUUGGAGACUAGCUUGCGACUUCUCAUACAAGGGGCAGAUCCAAACUAUUUCCAUGAUGAGAAGGGCACCGCGCCGCUGCACGUGGCCGCGAGGGCGGGACAGCCGCUGCAAGUGGAGCUGCUGGUGGUGUACGGAGCAGACCCGGGCGUCCUGAGCGCCCAGGGGGCCACGCCAGCGGAGGUCGCCAGGGCGGCGGGCCACAAGGAGAUAGCGGAGCGCCUGUGCGAGUGCGUGUACGAGCUGACGGACCGGCUGGCGUACUUCCUGUGCGCCCGCCGUCCCGACCACCCGGCGGGCCAGCACUACAUCGUCCCGGAGCUUUCCGACUCCCUGGCGCACACAGAGACGGCCAAGGCCGCGAGGAAGAAGCUGCAGCAGUUACCGAACCACUUGUUUGAAGAGCUGGCCAUGGACGUCUACGACGAAGUGGACAGACGUGAGACUGAAGCAAUCUGGCUGUCCGCGCAGCAGCCGGCGGACACGCCCGGCCACGAGCGCUGCGCCGUGCCGUUCCUGCCGGUCAACCCGGAGUUCUCAACGACGCGCAACCAGGGCCGGCAGAAGCUGGCGCGGUUCAGCGCGCGCGAGUUUGCCAACCUGGUCAUCGACGUGCUGGCCGAGGCGAAGAGGCGGCAGUCGCCCACGGCGUCCGUGGCGCUCCCUCAGGACGAAAGAACUGUACAGGACAGCAGAGUGGCGCGACGCGUCGGCAGCCUGGUUCCGGGGAAGAAAGAUGCUUCGGACGACGAUGACGAGCCCCUGUACGACUGCGUUGCCUCGGAUGAUGACUACCUCACCCCGGAAGAGAUAGCUCGGCUGGCUCAGAAAGUUGGGAUCUCUAGCUUACAGCCGAGAGAAGAACGGGAGAGAUCACAGACUUUGGAAACUGCACCAUCUCAAGAGGCUGAAACUUCAAAAGCAUCACCUCCUGUUUGCCAAAAUGGUCCUGUUGAAAAUAAACUGAAGGAUGUUGGCAGCUUUACCCAUUUUGGUGAAAGUGCAAUUUCAUGUUUGGAAGAUAAUUUUAAGAAGCAGCUGGCUGAUUCAGAAACUAAGAUAGAUCAUUUGAAGACUGAAAUUCAGAUGCUCAACUCAACGGUGCAGAACCUGGUGCGGGAGAACGCGGAGCUGCGCGGGUUCAUCGAGCGCGCGGGCCUGGCCUUCCCCGCCCCGUCCCCCCUCCCCAACGGCCACGCGGAGGCGGGGGUCGCGGGGGUCACGGAGCCGAGGGCCGGCCGGGCGGGCUCCCAGCGGCCCACCUCCAUGUACGAGCCCCGGGAGGGCCUGUUCCACCGGGGCGCGCCCGCCUCGCGCAGCUCCAAGUGGGACAAGAGGAGGGAGGCCCCCGGCUCCGCGGCGACCCACUCGCUGUGCCACUGCGCGGGGCCCGGGCGGGCGGACGUGGUGCGCUGCACGGACCAGGUGACCAAGCGCGUGCAGGAGCUGUGGGCCUCCACGCAGGGGCUGGGGCGCGGCGAGGGCUUCGCGCCGUGCGCGGACCGCGUCAGGGAGGCCGUCCAAGAGCUCACGGCCCUCUUCUCCCAGGCGGCCGUGGACGAGGACAUCCGCGCUGCGCUGACCACGCUGGCGGGCAGCGCGGCGCGGCUGCAGGCGGAGUGCACGGGAGCCGUGCCGGCCGCCGACAAGAGCUGCUUCCUCCAGCAGGUGCGGUCGUGUGCCUACGACAUAGCCAAGGCGACCAAGCACCUGGUGACCCGCUGUGGGGUGUGAUUCCCCCGGCUCCCUGGAUCCCCUGUCGGCGUGAUCUUUGAAUAUAUACACACAGUAUAGAAGUCGCCAGCCCAGGUUAAAAUUUCUGACACGGUUUUGAGGUAGCUGGUUCAAGUCUCUUGGUAAUAAAAUCCAUCGGAAACCUUAACAAAUUAGGUAUCUAAUACGCAUAGAUCACCUUUAAAGUUACGGUCGGUUAACAAUAAGUACUUGAAUUGCAACCUCCUCCUCUUCCCCCCCCCCCCCUUCAAGUCAUUAGUUUCUCUCUUUGUGGUCUUUUUGUUGCCAACCUCUUUUACAAACGCCAUGCUGGAACUCAAUGUAGCACGAGCGACAGUGACUGGUACAAGCACCGUGCUUGCGAUGCUUACCUCUCUGCGCGAGCGGAUAGGAUCUACUCUACGUUUUUCAGGAGCGCGUGAUGAGCAGCUUGGGAACUUCACCGCUGCAGUGCGCUGCCGUAACGCCCUGUAUCGUCUUAGGUUGUCAUUUGCACGUUAGAGCACAGCACUGUCGCCCGCUGUCAUUCGCCCGCACACUACACCGCCCAUCAUUCACUGCAGCUCAAGGUCGUUCAACGGGAGGGGGAAGGGGUGUUUGAAGAGUUCGACACUUGUCCGCAAGGGACCACCACAAGUCGAUGCCCUAGAGAUGGUGGCGAUUGCGGCGGUGAAUUAACCAACUACCUCAAAACCGUAUUAGAAAUUUUAACCUGGGCUGGCGACUUCUAUAAAGUAUAUAUAUUCAAAGCUGUUAGCGAGUUGCAUGCCUGUUUCUCCCUCUCUCUGUUGAACCUACGCAGUAUUGUUGUGCAAACCUGUAGAGCCUAAGUGCGUGGCGAGAUAACACACACAUAUAUUUUUUCAUGACGCGGGGAUGCGCGAAGCGCAGAACUAUUUUCACUAAAAUAUAUAUAUAUACAUGUUUAUAUAUUCCGUAACUUUUUUUGCUUCCUGUGACUCUUCGCGAAGCACUCGUUCAAUUCCUUCACACACUAGAUUCUAAAAGCUGUCGUCGCUCCCGGUUUUUAUAUAGUGUUGUUACCGUGUCGAUGUCCUCAGUUUAAACAGAGAUGUUAUUGGUUAGCUUUAGUAUAUUAUUGUUACUUUGAGCACAGACCCCAAAUGGUGACGUGAAUUUUUAAGGUAAAAAAAAAGACGUGUGUAUAUUUAUUAAAAAAUUUUUAGAGUUUAUAACGUUUUUAAUGUUUGGAACCGUACGUACUUGAAGUCGUUUUGCUUGCUGUUAUGAAAUGUUGUAGCUUUUGCAAAGUUAUAUUAAAUGCCUCACAGUUUCUACGUAUAUAUAUAUAGUCUAUUCCAAAUAACAUUGUGUUAUUUGAGGGUGUUAUGAAGUGUCAGGUAAAGCAUGGAUUGUGCAUGAUUGUAUGUCAGUUGAGGAAGAAUUAUGAGACGCUUCAUUCACGUUUACACCGGCAAAAGAAAGCACAGGUGUGCAUGUGCCAAAUAAAUGGUUAUGCUCAAAAAUUGAUUGCUUUCAACUGAUAACAAAUUCUGAGGAAAUUAAAAUAGCUGUUAAACCUCCCUGCAAGUAAGGUAACUAAUAAUACAAUUACUACAGAACGAACUAAGAAUCGUGCAGUAUAUUUUAAAAUUAUGUUUAUAUGCUCAAUAACAUUUGUAUACUUUUUUUUUCUCCUGGCUAGAGGUCGAUCUUGUUUGCUAUCAGAUUGAGGUUUUUCUGUUUCGCUACUAGAAAAAAAAAAAUCACGAAAGCCGUGAAUCAUUUGGCUGUUAUUUUCACCAUUGGCAUGACUGUUGCAACUUAUUGGUGCUCGAUAAUCCAGCAAAAUAGCACGUCAUGCCUGUGGUCCCGAAUGUGCUGCUGUAUGGCUGUAUAAUGACUAUAGGAACUAUCUUGAAGGCUUGCUCAAUCUUGGCUGAACUAAAAAUCCCAGGCUUACAGAUUUUUAUUAUUUGGAAAUAAUUUUAUAAUUAUACAAAGUAAGUAAAAGUUGUAAAUUAUAUACCAACGUAAUCAAACGGGUUUAGGUUACUUGAUGUUUCGUAAGUAAUGCAACUUUGUCUAAAGCUGCCUAGUUUUUAUGCUGGCAUGAGCACAUUGUGGUAAAUAAACAUGACUUAGUAUUUAAUAUAAUUAUUGUCUUUUUUUUUUUUUUUUUUUUUUUUAAUCUUUCAACGUAAUGAUUUCGGUGUAAAUUUAUUGAUGGAUUGGCAGAUUCACUAUCUUAUAAAUCUUAUUAAGAGUUACGUCUGUUUAGUAAAACUAAAUUGUAAAUUCUACAUUAAUACUCGUACUCAUAACAUGAGAGUCAGCAAUUUGAUCCCAAAAACCCUGCAUGGCUCAUAUUUAUAAGUCCAAGAAGCUUUUGUGGUUUGAUUUGUGAAUAAAAACCUCAGCCUUUAGUUUGAUAAAAAAUGAUUAUCAUCAGAUAUAAAUUUUCACUCAACGUUGAUUUUUUAUAAAAGAGAUGUGAUUUCUAACAUCGAAAAAUAUUUUCACAUAGAACAUUUUAGACUAACUAUUAACUAAAGUUUGGUUUACAUGGUGCUUGUUUUUUUAUUUGUUGCACAGAAUUUGUUACGUUGCACUGGUUAUGAGUAGUGUCAACUUUCGUAUUUUAUGUAGUUAUUUUUAUCUCCUAUGGCGGAUUGCUUUUUGAAUCAGACCACUAAAGUCACGGUGGACCCGUGUUCUUGUAUCCGUGUUUAUUGUGCUGCCUUAACAUGGUCCGUAAAAACUAGGCCAUUGUGUAGUAUAAAGUCUUUACUCUUGUUAGGUAAAUAUUCUGUGGUCCCUUUGGCAAUUUUUUUGAGUUUUCACUGCAGUUGUCAGCUUUUACAGUACAGCGGGUCAAAUUUUUUCAGUUGAUUUAUAGUUAUGACCAUUGAUGGCCAACUCUUCUCUUUUCAAUGCCCAGAUAUUAUUUCUGAAAUUAAUCAGAGGGCCAGACACAUAUUAAUUAAUAUCAAAUAUCUUACUGCAAUAUUUAAUGUUGUUUUAUUCUGUACUCUGACCAAUAAAUACAGUAUGUGGCAUUUGGUAAUGAAACGAACAAUAAUUAUAUUUAAUACAUUAUAUUAUAUUUAAUACAUUAUAUAUAAUUUACAAAAAUAAACCUUGAAAUGUAAGAUGUAUAACCAUGGAAUUAUAUUAUUUAGGAUAGAGGUUUCAAAAAUUUAAAUGAUAUUUUUAUAUAUAUGUUAGAAUAUUACAGCUUCCUUAUUGAACAUACGUGUAUGCAGAGACGGAUAACACAUAACAGAAUUCCUGAUUAUAUUUCUUUGUUGAAGGAUCCUUUAAAUGGACCACACGAAAUGAUGCUAAGAACUGGAUUCUAGUUAGCCAUCACUGGUUUAGACAACUAACAAACAAUUAAAGUUUACUAUGUACAUUGCGAUAAUUAAGACUUUGUAGAUGAGGUAUCACCAGACUUAUGCACAAACUAGAUAAGUGUAAAAACAUUUUAAUGUAUUUGACUCUCAUUGUGUCUUUGCUAGUGUGGAUAUAGAUUCUAUACAUGUUGGUUGCUAGUUUUGUCUUUCUGAACUGAAAAUGUAACACGCCAUAGGCAAUUGUUACUUUUUAAUACACAAAUUUCCUGAGUUUGCCCUUAACCAAAGUAUCAUCAAAUAACAAAUGUAUUGCAGAUUCACUUAUAUGUGUAAUUUAUUUUUACCUUGUAUAGCUAAGUCUGUAUUUUAGGUAAUUAAAUGAUGAAUAUGGCACAAAUUUUAAACAGGAAUUUAGUUUUUUGAAUUAAGAUAUUGUUGAACAGUUUUUUUUUCUGCAAAAAUUAAAAAAAGAUGUUUAUUAUAAAGAUAUUUGCAGUUUUCUAGAUCCCAUUGUUUAUGGGAUGAUAAUGUUAACUAUAUUUAUGUUUAUAGCAGUUUUGUAGCAUUGCUUAUUAAAUGUUAUUGGUACUGAUUUAUAUCAGCCCUUUUGCUGAUACAUAUUUAUAGUAGUAAAUGAAAAUUAUGUUAGUUACAUUUUAUUUGAUUAUGUCAGCACAAUGGCAUUUGCACGCAUGCUGUUAGUCUGCUUCCCAUUCAGUGCAAUAUGGUUCAACCAAGUUCUGAUAUUUGGUGGAAAAUCAGUGCAAAUAUUGCAAGUGCAUGUAUUAUGUUGAGGCAUAGAAUUCUUCCACUUGCGAGAAGAUUAAAAAAAAAAUGUAACUUUGCAGCCACAGUACCCCUCUGCCAGUCUGGUUGCUUUCAUUGUAGUCUUGCAGGAUGUUUCAAAAUGUUUGAGUAGAUAGAAAAUGACUGGGCAAGCCCAAAUCACUGUACAACACAUGCUCGUAACUCAACUGGUUAAGCGCCAAAAGGAGGUACGUGCUGUGUUGUGAAGUGAUGAGAAACAAGACGGAUAGAAACGGAAUCUGAGAUGGGACACCAAUGAAUAUAAAUAAAACUCUUUUUAUUCAUCAACUUUCAACUACACAAAUUCCACAUCAGGCGGUAUCUACAUACAGAAGGGCCCUGCAUAUGGAUCACACCCAGGGUAGGAAAAAAAAAUUAAACCAGGUUUUUAUUUAUUUAAUUAUGUAGUUAUUUUGGUUCUUAGCAUGUUCAAAUGAAAGCCAUACAACAACCCACCACAGUGUCGUGUUGAUAAGACAAGUUCACUUCUCGCAUAAAAAUUCGGUCCUGAGAGAUCCACAAAAAUUAUUUUUUUUCGAAAAAUCACGCAACCUUUGAACAAACCAGUGAAGUCCUGGCUGACUUCUGUAACCUAAGUGUUCUCUGACUGUAAUAGCCCUUGCUUCAUCUCGCUUGUUUCAGCAUCAAACACACUCUGUACUCUUCCCAGAACAGUUAGAGAUGUGCCGCGGAACACUGCAGAGUAAUUGUAGUGCAGAAUACGUACUGUUGCCAAUAACACCUGCAAGAGAAUAUAGGUAGUUUGUGCACAAGUAGUAUCCAGUAAUUGAGAAUCACACCUGUUACGGUCACACUUUCAGUGGCGUAGCCAGGAUUUGUGUAUAGGGGGUGUUAAGAAGCAUGCCCCCCCCCCCCCUGUAUUAAAGCGGGGGGUCCGGGGGUCCUCCCCCAGGAAAAUUUGGAUUUUAAGGUGUAAAAUAGUGCUAUUUUAGCAGUUUUCGGUAAUUAAGUUUAAAUAUUGUAAUGGUAAAAAUUUUAUUAAUUUUAAUAUGAAAUUUGUUUGAAUGAUGAAUAAAAAAUUAAUUAGAGAUUUGGCGCUGGGGGGGGGGGGGAGUUUGAACCCCUAAAUCCCCCCCCCCCCCUGGUUACGCCCCUGCACACUUUUAGGUGUAAAAUUUACUAAUUGCAUUUUAUUUAACAUGUUUUCAACUAAUUGGUUAUACUGUAAAAGCAUUUUUUUUAAAAAGUAUGCAUAAUUCAAUGCCAGUGAAUGUCCAUUCAUUUUUUUACUUUUCUCUUUUUUUGUAAAAUAUUUUUUUUGCAAAAAUCCAACAUAUUGCAACUUUCCUGAGGUGUCUGUAUAAGUCAGUAAAAACGAAAGAUUGGGGGAGGGGUGUUGGCUGCUAGUUACUGUCUCCAAGACAAAAGAAAAUGUCCUGUAAAUUAUUUUUAUAAAAAAUGUUAGCAAUGUAUUGCUAGUUCCUUUUUGAUUUUUACUUGCUAGAGCACAUCACUCAGCAAAAUAAUCCCUGUAACUAUGCAAUGUCCAUCGAAUGGACUGAAUUAAGUGCUUUUGAUUUUAGCUACCACAAGUGUUAAUGUGGUGUGUGUUUUGUAUCACAAUUUGGGGUGUGUGUUCUGAACUGAAAUAAUUAUAUUGUGAGUCAUUUGUGCCUUAAUUAUCAUCUGUGUGUGUGUAACAUGUUAGUCUUUCUAAUAGGAAUUAAUCUAGCAUACUAUUUAUACACUGUUGUACUGUUUUGUUAUACCCAAAACAUGACAUCAAUUAAUGAAUUUAA